AUGCAUUCAAUACUAUUUAUAAGUUGUUUUGUUGUUUUAAUAACAUUUGCAACGUCAAGUGAUGUACAUGUUUGGACCGAUAGUGAUUUUGAAAGUAAAGUUAAAGAACAUGACAUAUUACUUGCGGAAUUUUAUGCACCAUGGUGUGGACAUUGCAAACGACUUGCACCAGAAUAUGAAAAAGCUGCAACAGCAUUAGCAAAGAAUGACCCACCUGUUGCUCUUGUUAAAGUUGAUUGUACUGUUGAAACCAAAACUUGUACUAAAUAUGGUGUUAGUGGUUAUCCAACUUUAAAAAUCUUUAAAAAUGGUGCAGUAGCUGAAGAAUACAAUGGUCCACGAGAAGCUGAUGGUAUUGUUGCAACAAUGCGAUCAAAAGCGGGUCCAUCAUAUCGUGUACUUAACACAUUAGGUGAUUAUGAAAAAUUCUUAGAACAUAAUGAUCAUAGUAUUAUUGGUUAUUUCGAUAGUGAAACUCAAACAUUAAAAGAUGAUCUUGUUAAAGUUUCUAAUCAAUUAUCGGAAAAAUUUCGUUUUGCUUAUACAACAGCAAAAGAUAUUCUUGAAAAAGCUGGACAUUCAAAUAAAAUUGUUGUUCAUCAACCUAAACGAUUACACUCGAAAUUUGAAGAUGCUUUUUCAGUUGUUGAAGGUGUUGGUGAUAAAAUUAAAACAUUUAUUCAAGACAAAAUUUACGGUCUUGUCGGUCAUCGAAUUCCCUCUAAUGCUGCUGAUUUUACUAAACCAACAGUAGUUGUUUAUUAUAAUGUUGAUUAUACUCGUGAUACAAAAGGUACAAAUUAUGUACGUAAUCGUAUCUUAAAAGUCGCUAAAAAAUUAGCCGAUGAAAAUGUUAAUGUACGAUUUGCUAUUAGUAAUCUUGAUGAGUUUCGUCAAGAAUUAACUCAAUUUGGUGUAAGUGAAGCUAAAAAAGAUGCAAAAUAUGUACUUGCUCGUGGUGCUAAAGAUGAAAAAUAUAGAAUGUCAGAAGACUUCAGUUAUGAAGCUCUUGAAGAAUUCGCUCGUAAAUUAGUUAAAGGUGAUAUUGAACCAUAUUUAAAAUCAGCAGCAGUUCCUGAACAAACUGAAGAUGUUAAAGUUGUUGUUGCAAAGAAUUUCGAUGAAAUAGUUAAUGAUAAUAGUAAAGACGUUCUCAUUGAAUUCUAUGCACCAUGGUGUGGUCACUGUAAAUCACUUGCACCUAAAUAUGAUGAAUUAGCUAAGACAUUAAGCAAAGAAAGUGAUAUUGUUAUUGCUAAAAUGGAUGCAACUGAAAAUGAUGUUCCAAGUCUAUAUAAUGUUCGAGGAUUUCCAACAAUAUUUUUUGCACCUAAAAAUGAUAAAAAUAAUCCAAGAAAAUAUGAAGGUGCACGUGAAGUCGAUGAUUUCAUUAAAUAUAUAGCUAAAGAAGCUACAGAUGCUCUUCAUGGUUAUGAACGUGAUGGUUCAAAGAAGAAAACUGCCGGUGAUGAACUCUAA